GCUCAACUUUCACGAAAGUGAAAAUUAGAAGAGAAAAAUAAAAUGAGAAUUAAGAUCUGGAGCGAAAGAUGUACCAUUAAAAAGCUUAUAUUACCAUUUGGAAUUGAAAUUGCAAAACCUUGAGAGAGAGAGAGAGAGAGAGAAAGAAGAAGAAGAAGAAGAAGAAGAAGGAAUCACAAGAUGAACAGGGGCGCUCUAGGCCCGAGCCUCAAGCUCUCCCUCCCUCCUUCCGAUGAAGUCGCUUUCAAACAGUUCCUAACUGAAUCAGGAACGUUUAUGGACGGAGAUCUGCUGGUGAACAGGGAUGGAGUUCGAAUUGUGUCGCAGAGCCAAGUCGAAACCCCACCACUUAUAAAGCCAUCAGACAACCAGAUAAGCUUGGCUGACUUUGAUGCAUGUAAAGUCAUUGGAAAGGGGAAUGGCGGUAUUGUGCGACUGGUGCAACACAAAUGGACCGGGCAGUUUUUUGCUUUGAAGAUGAUCCAAAUGAAUAUCGAAGAGUCUGCUCGGAGGCAGAUUGCACAGGAACUGAAAAUUAAUCAGUCGUCGCAGUGUCCGUAUGUUGUUGUCUGUUACCAAUCUUUUUAUGAGAAUGGUGCAAUUUCUAUUAUCCUGGAAUACAUGGAUGGUGGAUCUCUCUUAGAUUUUUUGAAACAUGUCAAAUCAAUUCCGGAGCCAUAUAUUGCUGCCAUAUGUAAACAGGUGCUCAAGGGCUUGUGGUAUCUUCAUCAUGAAAAGCACAUAAUUCACAGGGACUUAAAGCCUUCUAAUUUAUUGAUAAACCAUAGAGGGGAAGUCAAGAUUACUGACUUUGGUGUGAGUGCAAUACUGGCAAGCACCUCUGGACAGGCCAAUACUUUUGUUGGCACAUACAACUAUAUGUCUCCAGAGAGAAUCAGUGGAAGCAGAUAUGGUUACACAAGUGACAUUUGGAGCUUGGGGUUAGUUUUGCUCGAGUGUGCAUUGGGCCAUUUCCCAUAUUCUCCACCACAGCAUGGUGAAGGGUGGACAAAUGUGUAUGAGCUCAUGGAAACCAUCGUCGAUCAACCCCCACCUUGUGCACCUGCUGACCAAUUUUCGCCCGAGUUCUGUUCUUUCAUUUCUGAAUGUCUACAGAAAGACCCAAAAGACAGGCGGUCAGCAAAUGAGCUCAUGACACAUCCUUUUAUCAACAUGUUUGAAGACCUGCAUAUUGAUCUUGCAUCUUACUUCACCGAAGCAGGAUCUCCACUUGCAACACUUUAGCAUAUGUUGCAUGUGACAGGAUAAGGGGCAAAUCUAUUUAAUCCAUAAUGGUUCUACUUUGCAAAAGAUCAUGGUGAUUUCUUAAGUGGCAGGGGUGAUUCCAACCUUACUUAAAAAACAAAGGUGAGUGCUGUGAUUCCAUCCCGUCACUACAAGGGAAUUAUUAUGGUUCUUGUGUUAUUUAGAGUGACAACCAGUGAAUGUACUAAUUAUUGGCGGGAUUACAAGGAAUAACGCUGCCAGAAGAGCUGUUGUGAGAAGCUACUUUCAGAAAUCUGAAGCAUGGAAACUAGUGUCUGUAAACUUUCAUGUGUAACUGUAACAGCUAAAUUAAAUCCUCUCCAGGAAGCAUAAGUUAAUUGUAUUAGAUGUUCUACCUCCUGUCUAUCUGUUUCGGCACAAA